CAACUGCGUGCCGUGCGUGUUUGGCCGCUGCGUCGUUCAUUGAUGUAUAUACAGCGGCGAAUAGCGAAUAGCUCAGAUUUUCAGAACAAGUAAAUAUUGUGAUAUUUUCGAGCUGGGGAACUUUUAGAAGUCGUUAGUCAAAUUUUGCGUCUGAAUUUACCUAUCAUCGACCAGUAACUUUCCGCAAACGACAAAAAAUUUACAUCUGCGCGUAGGGGCACGUAUUCAUAGAAGUUGAAGCUUUCGACGCAGAACAGAGCCAUGGAGAAGACUGGACAGAAACGAGAACCGAGAGACACUGAGCUUGACGAAGCUGGUGCUGCAGGUGCGGGUGAACAAUAUGAAGGAGCAGUUGGAGCGGGCUUGUCAGUGGUAACCAAUGAGAAUCUUGUCGGAGGGAUUACUUCUCUGCUGGUCAGCAAUGUCCAGAGGGAAAGGGAAGAUGAAGAACAAGGCACCUCACUGAUGGGGGGUGCAGUUGGAGGAGACAGAAAUGACCUUCCCACAUCAGCUGGAGAAUCUCAGGAUUAUCUUUCCAGAGAAUCAUGGAGGGAUGGGACCAUCCUAAUUCCCCAAUCCCAGUUGCUGCCGGGAAGUGUGCUGCCAUUGGCUGAUGGGGCAGAAGAUUUACUGAGAGCAUCAUUCAUCAAGCUUAUGACGAAAUACGAAGGCACUGCAGUUGCACCAAGUGAGGAAUUUGCAGUCACCUGGGCCACGAUGGAAUAUGAGUUGAAGAAAUUUAUGAGAGAUGGGCUUAUACCACAGGACUCAGUUGCUUCCACUGGUUUGGAUGAGAACUCCUACAAGGACUUCAAGCAGUGUGCAGAGGAAUUGCAGAACAAUCUCUUCGAGGGGAAUCUCUUGGAGAGCCUUAGUAACUUGAGAGGAUUCCGUCGACUGUUCUCCCGGUCCAGUGACAGAGUCUUGUGUCAUGCCUUCCGUGGAAAUCCCUUGGAAGUCCUACAGAAUAUCUACUUUGGAGGGGACGGGAUUCUACCCGAAGACAGAAUGAUACUGGAUGACCCUUUCCAUUGUAUGCAAAAGGACGAGUCAGAUGACUUCUUUUUUGAUGAUUGAUCCCCUCUGGUGGAAAUUCCUGCUGCAUUCAAGAACUAUUUUCAUCAGAUACAAUUUUUUUUCCAUUUGAAAAUGAAAUACUGCUUUAUACAAUAUCCUGAAUAAAUCCAAAGUAUACCACUGUGUUACCUAGGAGUGCAGAAAUUUGUAUCAGAAGUAAAUGGUGUAUUUUGUGUAAUUAUCAUCACACAAGCAAUAGCAUCAUGGAAUGGAACCCCUGUACUCCUGCAAAGCUUUGAUGUGCAUUAACAGGUAAAUUCAGUCACAUGUAACCAAUGACAUACGCGCCAGUGAGAUUAGCAGGAUUUUUCUCAGGAAAUGUGUAAAUUCUCUUGUUUCUCAUAUUACAUGAGCUUCUAUUUAACUCUAAUGACAAUGAGAAGGCCUCUAUUUUCAGUGUACUGUUUGAAGGUGGGAUUCUUAGGGUCUCACGUUAAUCAUCAUUAUGUUCCUUAAAAUCCUUUUGGGUCAACAGUAAUUUGUGUAUGUCAGGCCAUGUCUGAAGGGGGUAUCUUGUGGUUACGGCUUCAUAUUUUGUUUUGCAUUUGUGUGUGAUGGUGAACAGCAGUAGCCGUAGACAAGGAUGCUCAUUUCAGGUAUAGCCUGACAUUCACAGUGUUAGUGGGAUUAUUGCAGCUGAUCUGUGUUGUGCCUUACUAGGGUUAUAUAGUGCCCGAAUAAAGCCCUGGUCAGUUGUUGGAUUGUCAGUCACGUUUCAUUGAAUUAUCCGUCCCAAUACAUGUUGCAGUCACUACUCAAAAUAACUAACGGAUGUUUAUGAGUGCAAUGGUAAGAAAAUCUCAUCAGGUGACAGAUUGAGCAUUCUAUUCCACAGAGUAUGUGAAACCAAGUGAAAGAAAACGUUCGCAUUGUUUUCAUGUUGCGAGCUGUGACUAAAAUGCUGAAAGUUUGUGUGAAGAGCCAUGACUGCAUCUUGCCCACAUGCGUGUGUUGGGACCAGCUUACAGCAGCGUUCUUUGCCUGUAUGAAGAGUAGUAACAGUACUUACAGAGCUCACAUUUAAUUCAUAGGAAUAUUUAACAUUAGUAGUUGCACCAUUAAAUAUACCGAGUAAGUCAAUGACACCUGGUCGAUGACCUUCUAACCAACAAUUCUUAUUCAGAUGAUGUGUAAAACUUUUUUCCCCACCAUGACAAUGGAUUAGAUCAAACCCUUGGUCACGAGAAAUUUCUGGACUCAGCUAUUUAUUCAAGCAGAGAUUUCUUCAAGAUUUAUUUAGGUGAUGAUGAGGUUUUCUAUGAUUUACUCUUAAACUGCAUCAUAUAAAACAAAUAACGAUGAAUGCUUCACAUUCAUGCAAUGGAAAGAAUAAUCUCAUUUGGUGACGUGGAUGGUCUGUUCUAUUUGGCUUCGGCUUGUGGAGUUAACAUUCCAUCUAUCACCUCAUUCAAUAAUUCUUUCCACUGCAUUCAUAAACAUUCACUAUAUGUAUUUGCAUACAACCAUACGACUAUUACUACUUGCCAGCAUAUCCAUUCAUAAGAAAAUUGAACAAGUAUAUCAAAUUCCUUUAGCCAAAAAAGUUAUCAUGCUGAAUGAAUGUAAAAACGUUGGACAUAUUUGCUUGGUAUUUUAUCUCCCAAGGGUUUUAUUAUGAAGUUCUAAAGUUGCCAAUUUGAAUAAUGCACUUUUCUCUAAACGUUUCUGUUGCCCUUUGAUGAAUUGCCAAUAAUGUUGUUUUUUUAUGCCUUUUGUUGAUAUUCAGAAACGCUGUCCAUCUAAAUUUUCAGUUUAAAAUUCUGUGUGCGUUGACUUCUUAAAAUGUUGUGUGCCAUAUUGCCAAAAUGUAAUGCAAGACCUACAUGUAAAUGCAUACAUGUACGGUAAUGUCAACCUCUGGUGCAGGUAAAGUCCAAGUACUAUAUAUAUCAAAAGCAGUCACCAUACAACAUUGAUAAAAGUUGGCAUGCUAUGUUUUGAUGAUAUAUGUUGUUGGCAAUGCUCGUUAAAACAAAGCAAUGCAUGAUGUUCAGACUGGCAGAUUUGGAACGAAACAAAUUUUAGUAAAUGUAAUUUAUGUAUUUAGUAAAAUAUCAAAAUACAUGUAAAUUUAUUUCAUGGUAUUUUAGUGAACUGAAAUCCAAUUUUUAAAAUGUAGCAAAAAUUAUUCAUGAAGUUUCUUACUAUGGUAUAAGAAUGCCUUUUCAUAAUGGUUUUAACGUUUGAAAACAACUAUCAUAGAUUAAAGUGAAUGGGAUGCGUUGA